GGCGGGAAAUGAACUGUCAUGGCGGCUACAAUGGCAGAACAAAUUCAUGUCAUAGAAAACGUCCCAGUCUCUUUUCCUUUUACUCCCUACCCCUGUCAGAUAGAGUAUAUGGAGAAAGUUAUAAAAGCAUUGCAAAAUAAUACAAACGCCAUAUUGGAAUCUCCUACAGGAACAGGUAAAACCCUCUCCCUCUUAUGUGCCACAUUGUCUUGGAGACAGCAAUUACCUGCCCCUGUAAUUUCUGAAUGGGAUCUCCAAUCAGAUUCAAAGGGCCCCUUGGGUGGGCGGCCAAAAAUCAUUUAUGCAUCUCGGACCCAUUCUCAGCUAUCACAGGCAAUCCAUGAGCUAAAAUCAACCUCGUACAGACCCAAGGUAUCAAUAAUAGGAUCACGUGAUCAACUGUGUAUCAAUUCUGAAGUCAUGUCGAAGGAUAGCAAUGCAGAGAAGGUUCAUGCCUGCCAUGCUAAAGUCGCAGCAAAAUCAUGUACGUAUUACAAUAACGUUGAUCUUAAAAGGCUUAGCGUUCCAGAGGGUUUUAUACCUGAUAUCGAGGAACUCGUGGGAAUGGGAACCAAAAAUAAAAUGUGUCCGUAUUAUCUAGCAAGGGAAAUGAAAACAGAAGCUGAUCUAAUCUUUAUGCCAUACAAUUACAUACUGGAUCUCAGGACUAGGCUGGUACAUGGUAUCAAUAUAACCAAUACUGUUGUCAUAUUAGAUGAAGCUCAUAACAUAGAGAGGGUGUGUGAAGAUUCCUCUUCAUUUGAACUGACCAGCACUGAUAUAGCUCAUUGUAUUAAGGACAUUGACUAUUUAUUAAAAAAUAAAUACGAAGAAGCUAAGGAAUAUUUAUCAGAGCUUGAUACACAGACUCAGAACACGCUAAAAGAUCUUGCUAAUUUGAAAGAGCUGUUUUUAUGCCUCGAGGACUCUUUGGAUAAAAUUGAAUUAAAAUCAGAAAAUAAUGAAUGCGUAAAACCAGGAAGUUAUAUUUUUGAGUUCCUGGGUAAAGCUGGGAUCACCACUGAAACCCAUGUGGUCCUCAUUGACCAGUGUUCACAGGCAAUAGCGUCACUUACCAGUGACCAGUCGCUCCACAGAACCAGCACUAAUUUACAGAAAUUCCUAGAGGCUAUAAAAAUUGUUUUUAGUGGGUCUUGUCCAGCUGGUAUGACCAGGGAGAGAAUGGCUUCACUUCAUUACAGAGUUUAUAUAAAAUCAGACAAUAAUAAGAGAAAAAAGAAAAGUGAUGUAUGGACUACUGAUAAUAAUACUGAUGACACAUGUCGUAGGUUAUGUUAUUGGUGUUUCAAUCCUGGCUAUGCUAUGACUGAGUUAGUGAGACAAGGAGUGAGAUCAGUUAUACUGACCAGUGGGACACUAUCACCAUUGGAGUCAUUCACUUCCGAGCUACAACUGGAGUUUCCUGUGAGUCUGCAGGGUUCUCAUGUCAUUGGGAAGGAUCAAGUGUGGGUGGGUGUGGUUUCAAAAGGACCAGAUAAUGUUCACUUAAACUCGUCUUACCAAACUAGAUUUACACCAGCUUACAUGGAUAGUCUAGGCAACACAUUAGUUAAUUUUUUUAGAAUCAUACCGGAUGGAGUAUUGGUCUUUUUUCCCUCGUACGUUGUCAUGGAAACCCUUGUCACCCACUGGAAGGAGCAUAGCAACAUAUUCAUGAGAAUGGAGCAACAUAAGCAAAUAUUCAAAGAACCAAAGUUUAAAAAUGAAUUUAAUUCUGUAAUGAGUGCUUAUUAUGAGAAGAUCGGAUCAGCCGAUAAAGUGGGUGGAGCUUUCUUUGGAGUGUGUAGAGGGAAAGUCAGUGAGGGGUUGGAUUUUGCUGAUAAUAAUGGACGAGCUGUCAUCAUUACCGGACUACCUUAUCCACCUUUUGCUGAACCCAAAGUCCAGCUCAAAAUGGAAUAUUUGAAAGAUGCUAGAUCAAAUUUUAAUAGAACUGAAUUAAUAACUGAUAAGCAGUGGUACAAUCAACAAGCUACACGUGCUGUCAAUCAGGCCAUUGGACGAGUUAUUAGACACAAGAAUGAUUAUGGAGCAAUCAUCCUCUGUGAUGAAAGGAAGCUAGCAUGGUUUGUUGACGUCAGAAUAUCUUUAAACAAGGCGCAUACAUGUGUACCUCAGACUGACCAGCAAAAGAAGAAAAAUAUCACUUGA